CCCACCCUCACCACAAGCCUUUCAGCGAAAGACAUAACAGUCUCGCAGGGAAUUGACAUAAAGCGUCUUUUAAUGCCUUUUAAUGAUUGUGUUUCAGAGUAUUUCCAGUCGCAGCUGCUGUCAUUUUUCUCCGAACCUGGAUUACCACAACCCCGACAUCCCCGAGUGGAGACAAGACAUAAGCAGACUCAUUAAGAGAGCUCUGAUACAGGUUACCCAUAUCCCUGAGGAGCAUAUUCUAGUAGCCAUGUUUCCUGGCCUUCCAACAUCAGCAGAACUUUUUAUAUUACCACCAAAAAAUGUCAGCGAACGGAGGAAAGGUAGCAAAGUGGACUUGGAGCAGAUUGUAGAGUCUCUUCUGAGUGCCCUGAAUCAGAACCUUGUAAUGUUUGAGCUGAAGCCAGGAGUGCAGAUCUUUGUAUACGUCACGCAGCUUACUCUAGCACCACUAGUGGACAAUAGUGCCAGUCACAGCAGUUCAGCAAUGCUGAUGCUCCUUUCGGUCGUGUUCGUGGGCUUAGCUGUUUUUUUAAUCUACAAGUUCAAGAGGAAAAUCCCAUGGAUUAAUAUUUACGCGCAGGUUCAGCAUGAUAAAGAACAAGAAAUGAUUGGCUCCGUCAGCCAAAAUGACAACGCGCCCAAAAUAUCGCUCAGCAACUUCACGGAGGAGGAGCUGGCAGACAAGGAACUGGACACACACACGAGUCAUCGGUAGCAUAUCCACAAUUGCAAACAGUGAAAGCACAAAGGAAAUUCCAAAUUGUACAAGUGUUUAA